GUAGUAGUCAGCUGAAAAUAAUUGAAAAGCGCACUUUGACAGGCCACGCUGUGUGUCUGCAGUUAAUUGUUUAAUAGAUGGUUCCCUGGAACGUGUCUGUAGAAAACCACCUGUCUGGAAAAGGACCACCUGACAUUCACAAAUAACCAGUCUUUGUUCUGCCUGCCUUCCUCUCCCACCAGUUACAAUGGCAGCCGUGUCUGUAGCCAAUACUAACUUCACCCUGGCGUUGUUCAAGAAGAUCACAGAGAAAAACAAGAAGGGCAAUGUUUUGUACUCCCCUCUCAGCAUCUCCGCUGCCCUCGCCAUGGUUUUUCUGGGUGCCAGUGGCAACACUGCUACUCAGAUGUCAGAGACGAUGUGCUUCAACAAAGCUACGGGUGACAUCCAUGUUAGCUUCGGCAAACUCAUUCAUGACCUGAACCUGCAAGGAGCCCCAUACUCACUGAGACUGGCCAAUCGCCUGUACGGAGAACAGUCUUACCAGUUUGUUGAGACUUUCCUCGGGGACACCAAGAAGCACUACAAUGCUGAGCUGGAGGCUGUGGACUUCAAGUCCAACGCGGAGGCUUCUAGAAAGAACAUUAAUGCUUGGGUGGAGAAGCAGACCUCUGAGAAAAUAAAGGACCUGUUGCCGGAGGGGGUUGUCGACCACCUGACCAGACUGGUGUUGGUGAACGCCAUCUACUUCAAAGGCAACUGGUGUAAGAAGUUCAAGGGGGCCAGCACCAGCGAUGCCCAGUUCAAACUGAACAAGAAUGAGUGUAAGCCAGUGAAAAUGAUGUGUCAGACGGCCAAGUUCCCCCUAGCCUUCAUCCCUGAGGCCAACUGCCAGAUCCUGUGUCUGCAAUACGAGGGGAACGAACUGAGCAUGUUCAUCAUACUCCCCAACGACAUGGAGGACCACGUCACUGGUCUGCAGAAGCUGGAGAAGCUGCUGACCUAUGAGAAAAUUGUGGCGUGGACCAGGCCUGACAUGAUGGACACAGUGGAGGUUCAGGUGGGCCUGCCUAAGUUCAAGCUGGAGGAGACCCUUGACCUGAAGGACUUGCUGAUCAGCAUGGGCAUGACGGACGCCUUCGACCUCUCAAAGGGAGACUUCUCGGGCUUGUCGCCCAGCAACGACUUGGAGCUGUCCGAGGUGGUGCACAGGGCCUUUGUGGAGGUCAACGAGGAGGGCACAGAGGCGGCAAGUGUCACGGCCGCCAUCAUGGGGAUGCGCUGUGCCUUGAGGACCCCCAAAUUUGUGGCUGACCACCCCUUUCUCUUCUUCAUCAGCCACAACACCGAGAGCAUUCUGUUCUAUGGUCGCUACUGCUCCCCUUAGGAGCUUUAGCAAAUGGGACAUUCCACUUGGGUAUUAAAAGAUAUAUAAUUACUGAAGCUGCUACAUCAAUAUCGCAUCUGUGCUUAGUGAUCUUUGUCAAUAAAAAAAAUUGAUGCGUUGA